AUGGCUCCCAAGAUUCUCGUCGUCCUCACCAGCGCUGACAAGAUUGUCAAACUCGACAAGCCUACAGGCUGGUAUUUGCCCGAACUUGCUCACCCCUACGAUGUCCUUGCCCCCAAGGCCGAGCUUGUCCUUGCCUCCCCCAAAGGCGGGGUCGCACCACUCGACCCCAGCUCCGUCGAGGCCUUCAAAAACGACGAAUCGUCCAAAAAGUUUCUCGAGAAGAAGCUUUGGGAAAAGACCGCACCCCUCAAAGACUUUGUCGGCCGAUCGAGCGAGUUUGCCGCCAUCUUCUACCCCGGCGGCCACGGCCCGAUGUACGACCUCGUCGACGACAAGGACUCGAUCGCGCUGAUCGAAGAGUUCUACAAGGCCGGCAAGCCCGUUUCCGCCGUGUGCCACGGCCCCAUUGUGUUUGCCAACGUCAAGAUUGACGGCAAGCCACUGGUCGAGGGCCGCGAGGUCACCGGCUUCACCAACGAGGAGGAGACCCAGGCCGGCCUCACCGAGGCCAUGCCCUUCCUGCUUGAGGACCGACUCAAGGCCGUUGGCGCCAAGUGGAACCAGGCGGCUGAGGCUUGGGGCGAGAAAGUUGUUGUUGACGGCCAGAUAAUCACUGGCGAGAAUCCUGCUUCCGCUCAUGCUGUCGGCGUUGCUCUCGCCAAGGCGAUUGGCGCAUAA